AUGACAACCCCCACCACGCCUCUCCUGCCAUCUGCGAACCAGUCGGCAUCGUAUAACACCAUCCCCGUGGUGUCAAGCACGAAUGGCGCGCUCGCCGGCCAUAUUCCUGAGCGCUCUCUUGAUAUCCCCAACCCGGAAAGCGCGACCCUCUCCAGUCUGUGUGAACAUUUUGCCAUCUCUCCGCACCGCAGCGCGAGCGAGACGGCUCUCAUACUGGUAGCUCUCUUAAGGACGCUCAAGCGUUCUCGCGAGCUGGAAGAAGGCGUGAAAGGGAAGAGCACGCGGAAUACGUGGGAGGCGAAGGAGCGCGUAAGAGGGAUAUCUGCCCGCCUUGAAGGACUGGUGGAGGAAGUCUGGGAAAUGUGGCUCAAAGAAGGAGAUGGGGAGGCUGAGCGAGUGCUUUGGGACAGCGUGGCGCCAGGACGAUAUGGUCGAGUCGUCGAUUUCCUCCCUCUUUUGUCCGUUCCGGCGUCGUUUGGAAGUCAUGAACUCAUCCAACUCUCAUUUCACACCACCUGGGGAACCGGUCUACACCCGUUCUUUCUAAUAGCAGAAUCUCUGUCCUCUGUCUCUCGUCUUCUGGCAUGGAUGGACUCGUUUUCCACUCCCCGACUACUCCACCUGCAUGCCCUCGUCCUACGAAUCGGUCACCUCUUGCUGGCCAUUUGGUUGGCAUUAUACCCCUCUCUGAUGCCCCAAUGGGGCAUCCCGGAGAUCCUCUGGACAGUAUUCACCAUCUGUACCUCCCUCGAGCUGCCUUUCCAUCCCUCACUCUUUCGGCUCCUCUCCCUCCUCUCACUACUCACCGGCCUUCCCUACCCCCCACGACCAUCCACGCUCUCCUUCCUCCUUCUGCUUUCAUCCAUCGCAGUCUCUCUCAUCGCCUUCCACCUACCGCUCCAUCCCUCUCCAAUCCAUCUCUUCGUCAACAAGACCGUCAUCGCCACCUCAACGCGAUUCGAGUACCUACUCUCGCGCGCACUCAUCCCCAGCGUACUUUAUUUCCUCCCAAUCGUUCUCACGAGUAUCGUUGGUCUCGCCCUGGCACUUAACGGCGACCCCUGGCACCCAUACCUCCUCCUGCGCGACGCGUUCACUUCACCUGUUUCACCCUACGAGACACGCAUCGCCUGCCUCGUAGCUGUCAUCCUCGCCAUCGCAGGUUACAUAUGGCUCAUCGAGUUCGCUACCGUUGAGCUCGCAGCUCGUGGCGAGCAGAGGGAGAACGAGGAAGCUCAGAGAGGGUUCGUAACUGCUAUGAUCGACUACACUUACCUCCCGGGGAGGAAGAGGCGGACAGGAUAUCGGAUGCCAGCGCCGCUGAACGUUUUAGAACUGCUAGCAGCAGAUAUCCCCUUUUGGGCGUUAUUUGCGUUUCCGCAUAGGAGGGAACAAGCACAGGAGUGGAGGAUUACGGCCAAAGCUGUCGUUUGGCGUAUAUGUGUGGGGCCGGUGGUGGCAGCGUUGUCGCUGUUGUACGCCUGGGAGUGGGUGUUGCCUAGGAUCUGGAGGAGGAGCAGGGCGAUUUAGGUGGGUCGGAAGGAGGAUAGGGUUGAUAGUGUAUAUCGAGAAUAAUUUCGUAUGCGAAGCUGAACACCUCUGAUUGGU